GGGGCCUUGAACUAUCCCCAACUUUUUCUCCAAGCGUUCAUUCAGGAAGCUCUCCGGCGACGCGCCGCUCACCCCCUUCGCCUCCCCUCCCCGCCGCCGCCUCUUCCUUGCCGCUGCCGCCGUCGCGUGGCACGGGGCGGUGGCCGUGCAGAGCGAUCGGGUCCGCAUCGCUCGACUGCCCCUCCACCUCCUCAUCCUCAGUCCAGCGGCGAGAAGAACAAGGGGCGGUGGUCUCCAUUGACAUCGCCCACCAUGCUGCGCCGGUGCAUGCGGGAUCUGCGCCCGCUGCGGUCUCUCGCGAGGGUCCCCAGACCGAUCUCCGGCGAGAGUCCAACAUUCCUUAAAUCUAGAAGCAACUCAACAAAGGCAUCUCCAAAGAGUUCUACACAGAAUGCCGCCCCAGGUCCUCAAGGACAACCCUCUCAGUCAGGAAGUAAUGUUUCAAAGCUUGUUCUUGGAACUCUUGUGGUUGGUGCAGCAGCUAUGGGUGCACAUCAACUUGGUUAUAUAGAUCUUGAAUUUAAGGACAAGAAAUUGCCUUUUAGCUUAAAGAAGGAAGAUGCUGUAAAGGUGUAUGAAGAUCUGAAGAUUCCUUCUGAACAAAAGGUUGGCCAGACACAAAACGUGUCAGGACCAAACACUGAGAUUGUUCAAGAGGGUAAUAAUGAGGCUAAUACUCCAAAGGACGUUCGAAAUGACAGGGUGGGGGCACCAGAGGUUCCAACCAAUGGGGAUCAGCCUGUUCCUGCAGAGGAAAAGAAAUCAGAAACCCUAGCCCAUGAGACACAUCCAGUUCCAGAUGAACAUGGAUCUGAUACUAAAAUGCCAUCUGAAGAUUCUACAGCAUUUGAGCUAAAGACAGUUCCCGUCGAUGAUAAUGAAUCUGGUGAAGUUCCUCAUGAACAGCAAACUGAUAAGGCAGACAGCACAGUUCCUCCUGUACAGUCAACCCCAACAACAGUUAGUACUUAUGAUCACCCCACAGGUCCAGAUGUACCAAAGGAUCUCACUGGAGCUGGUGCUGUUGAACAGAAAUCUCUUGCUGAGACAUAUUUACUGCAAGAUGAACCUGAUGUUUCAAAAGAUGCAACCGUUAAGGAAAAAAGAAGUGAUGAAGUUAUUCGUGAAAAAACUUCUGAAGAUGGUAAGAUUGUACUUGAUAUCAUUGAGGCUAUUCAUGCUGCCGAAAAGAAGCAGGCAGAUGUAGAUGCAUACAUGUAUUCAGAAGAGAGAAGAAAGUUGAAGGAAAAGUAUGAAAAGGAGCUGAAAGACACCAGGGCCAGGGAACUAAUGUAUGCAGAGGAGGCAGCAAUUCUCGAUAAGGAGCUAAAGAAAGAGAAACUGAAGAAUGCUGCUGCAAUAAAGGAACUGCAAGAAAAGGCUGAACAAAAAUUGCAGGAUGAGCUGCAGAGGAAGGAUGAAGAAACAAGCCAACAAAUUGAGAAGGCUCAAGAGAUAGCAAAAGCUGAACUGGCUGCAGCUGUUGCAAAAGAGAAAGCAUCCCAGAUUGAACAGAUCGCUGAAGCAAACCUCAAUAUUGAUGCGCUGUGUAUGGCAUUCUAUGCACGAUCUGAAGAAGCUAGGCAAAGUCAUUCAGUUCAUAAGCUUGCUCUGGGCACUCUUGCUUUGGAACACGCUUUAUCCAGUGGAUCACCAAUCCGCUCAGAAGUGGAGCUAUUGCGUAAAUCUGUUGAAGGCAUUGACAAAGAUUCACUGUUAGAAUUGGCUCUUUCGUCACUCCCGGAAGAUGUUUUAGAUUAUGGAUCAGAUACACGGAUAGGGUUGAAGCAAAUGUUUAACUCCUUGAAGGAAACUAUCAGACAUUUCAGCCUUCUACCAGCAGGUGGUGGUGGAAUCCUGGCACAUGCUGUUGCUCGUGUUGCUUCUUCAAUCAAGAUUAAAGGUGAUAACGCUGGAGAUGGCAUUGAGUCUCUUAUAAACAAAGUAGAAAGCUUGAUUGUGGAUGGAGACUUGAGUACAGCAGCUGAUGCCUUGGAGAAAGGGUUACAUGGAACUGAAGCAGAGGAGAUAGCUACCGAGUGGGUGAAGCAAGCCAGGAAGCGCGCCAUUGCGGAGCAGACACUUGCGCUCCUUCACGCUUGUGCUUCUUCGACCACGUUCUCAUGAUUUUGACAAGCCAUUUUUUUUCCUUCCUUUUGUUCGACUGGAUUUUGCCGGUUUCGGUACUCUGUGCAACCGCGUAUUUUUCCCAGACCAUGUUGCAAAUGCGUGGAUGGUGAACGAGAAAAUCAGAUACAAAUACUAUAGGAGCCACUCGGUCUCAAAGUGGGCCCCUGCCUAACUUUCCUCAUGUAAACAGAGCUAAUAAGUUUUGCCCUGUAGCUACUUGCUGUUCUUGACAUUGUAGUGGCCAGUUAAAGCAUUGUUUUUGGUACCAUUGUUGAA